AUGAACAGCGAGGAGCAGUACUACGCAACUACGCAACUUUACAAAGACCCAUGCGCGUUCCAGCGGGGCCCCGCGCCAGAGUUCAGCGCCAGUCCCCCUGCGUGCCUGUACAUGGGCCGCCAGGCCCCGCCGCCGCCUCCCCCGUUCCCGGGGACCCUGGGCGCUCUGGAGCAGGGCAGCCCCCCGGACAUCUCCCCGUACGAGGUGCCUCCCCUCACCGACGACUCCGCGGUGGCGCACCUGCACCACCACCUCCCAGCUCAGCUCGCGCUCCCCCACCCGCCGGCCGGGCCCUUCCCGGAUGGAGCUGAGCCAGGAGCCCUGGAGGAGCCCAGCCGCGUCCAGCUGCCUUUCCCGUGGAUGAAGUCCACCAAGGCUCACGCGUGGAAAGGCCAGUGGGCAGGCGGCGCCUAUGUUGCAGAGCCAGAAGAAAACAAGCGGACGCGCACUGCCUAUACGCGUGCGCAGCUGCUGGAGCUGGAGAAGGAGUUCCUAUUCAAUAAAUACAUCUCGAGGCCACGCAGGGUGGAGCUGGCCGUCAUGUUGAACUUGACCGAGAGACACAUCAAGAUCUGGUUCCAAAACCGCCGCAUGAAAUGGAAAAAGGAGGAGGACAAGAAGCGCAGCUGCGGGCCAGCGGCCGGGGGUGGCACGGAUGCUGAACCAGAACAGGACUGUGCAGUGACCUCGGGUGAGGAGUUGCUGGUGCUGCCACCAUCGCUGCCCCCCGGUGGUGCUGUGCCGCCCGCUGGCCCCGCCGCCGCCGCCCGAGAAGGACGCCUGCCACCUGGCCUUAGCGCGUCGCCGCAGCCCUCCAGUGUUGCGCCCCUGCGACCGCAGGAACCCCGGUGA